UGAUCUGAUGCAUCGCCCAAGCUCGUGAGGAGCCAGGGCUGCGUUGGGGCUUCUGGGCAGCAGCCAGAGGCAGGGCAGGACACGCGGCUCCCGGCUCCAGCUGCGCCCAAACCACCUCGUUCUGGGCACGCUGGGCUCCUGGCAGCUGCUUUGUCCUGGUGCCCGUGCUGCCGGCUGCAUUGCAGACUGCUGCCAGGGGACCCUGGAGCUAGUGGCAGGUCUGUGGCUCCCGUGGGAAGCCUGGAGCUCCCUCCGGUGCUUCCCUUCCCUGCCCUAGGGUCGCUGCGGCUCUGGCUCAGUGAACCCAGAGGCCCCCAUCACGGCAGGCUGGGCCGGGGCCCCUCGGAGCUGGGCGGGGAGCGGGGUCUCUCGCCCUGCUUCCUUUAAGAGGUACAGUGUCUGCUUGGGGAGAGGCUUUUGUGGUGGGUCCUGCUGAUUUCCUGGUUGGGAUGGAGGGCCUGGGGGACCCACACUGUCCCCCACAAACAAGCCAGGGACACGACUCCAGCAUCCAGCUCAUUUCCGUGGCUUGGGUGGGAAGUCGUCUCGGUACUGCGGGAUCGGGGGUGGCGGGGCUUGCUUCUUCCGGGCAAGGCUGGGGGGGACCGAAGCAGACCUCCCAGAAGGUACCAGCCCCCCUGGGCUCUGAGCUGAUGCUGGCCCCCGUCCUGAGCUAGGCAUGGAGACCCUGUGUGCACUGGGGACCCCCGAGUUAUUAACCCUUAACUCUGCUCCAUGAGCGAAUGCAAAAGCAGCCUGGGGGAUGUGCACAGCCCGGCUGCGUCCUGAUGGUGCUUCUUGGUGGGGUCCCAGCCACUCCCCUCGCCUGCUCCCCGCCCCGCCAGGUCCAGGGGAAACCUGCCCAACAUGCCCGAGCAGAUCAGCGUGUCCGAGUUCCUGGCCGUGACCGCCGAGGACCUCAGCUCCCCGGCCGCCUCGGCCUUCACCUCCAAGAUGCACAAGUGCCGGGGAGCUGCCAGUGCCCUGGAGGAGAGCCUGGAGGGGGACCACGCCGUUCUCCAGAGGAUCAGGAAGUACGUGAAAGCGAUCCACGGCUCCGGGCUCACGCACGUGGAGAACGAGGAGCAGUACAGCGAGGCCCUGGAAAACUUCGGCAGCAACCACCUGGCCCAGAACAACCACGAGCUCUCCACGGGCUUCCUGAACCUGGCCGUGUUCACCCGGGAGGUGACGGCGCUCUUCAAGAACCUGGUGCAGAACCUGAACAACAUCAUCUCCUUCCCCCUGGACAGUCUGCUGAAGGGGCAGCUGAAGGACGGCCGGCUGGACUCCAAGAAGCAGAUCGAGCGCGCCUGGAAGGAUUACGAGACCAAAGUAGCAAAGCUGGAGAAGGAGAAGGAGCGAACGCGGAUCGCGGGCGUCAUCCAGGCAGAGCUGUCGGCCACGGAGAUCACCGAGGACACGCAGAAGGAGCGCCGCCUGUUCCAGCUGCACAUGUGCGAGUACCUGCUGAAAGCCAGCGAGAGCCAGAUGAAGCAAGGCCCAGACUUCCUGCAGAGCCUGAUCAAGUUUUUCCACGCGCAGCACAACUUCUUUCAAGACGGCUGGAAGGCGGCGCAGAACCUGCACCCGUUCAUUGAGAAGCUCGCUACCUCCCUGCAUGCACUGCAGCAGGCCCAGGAGGAGGAGGUGAAGCAGCUCACGCAGAUCCGCGACUCUCUUCGCAGCACCCUGCAGCUGGAGAACAAGGAGGAGAACCUGAGCAGGAAGAACUCGGGCGGGGGCUACAGCAUCCACCAGCACCAAGGGAACAAGCAGUACGGCACGGAGAAAUCAGGCUUUCUCUCCAAGAAGAGCGACGGGAUCCGGAAGGUGUGGCAGAAGAGGAAAUGCGGCGUGAAGUACGGGUGUCUCACCAUCUCGCACAGCACGAUCAACCGGCCUCCCGUGAAGCUGAACCUGCUGACGUGCCAAGUGCGGCCGCACCCCGAGGAGAAGAAGUGCUUCGACCUCGUGACGCAUAACAGGACGUACCACUUCCAGGCGGAGGACGAGCAGGAGUGCCUCGUCUGGGUGUCCGUGCUCCAGAACAGCAAAGAUGAAGCCCUCAGCAACGCCUUCAAGGGAGACCCCGGCAGCUGCAUGGCCUCGGCCGGGGGGGCGGCCGACGGCAGCCUGCAGGAGCUCACCAAGCUGGUCAUCGGGGAGGUGAAGAGCCUGCCGGGCAACAGGCAGUGCUGCGACUGUGGGGCCCCAGAUCCCACGUGGCUCUCCACCAACCUGGGCAUCCUGACGUGCAUCGAGUGCUCGGGCAUCCACCGUGAGCUGGGCGUGCACUAUUCCCGCAUCCAGUCCCUGACCCUGGAUGUCCUCAGCACCUCCGAGCUGCUGCUGGCAGUCAGCGUCGGGAACGCCCGCUUCAACGAGAUCAUGGAGGCCACGCUGCCGGCGCAGGGGAGUCUGAAGCCAUCGUCAGGCAGUGACAUGACCCUGCAGCCAGGCACGGGCAGUGGUGUCUGCCAUGCCCCGGCUGAGGUGGCACCUCUAUGCCCCCUGCCCCGCAGGAGCGCCAGGAAAGAAUAUAUCGUGGCCAAAUACAUGGAGCGCAAAUUCGUGCAGAAGACGGGCAGGGAAGACCCUCACCGGCUCUGGGAGGCUGUCCGCAGCCGGGAUGUCUUGGUGCUGCUCCAGGCAUUUGCAGAAGGGCACGACCUAGGAAAACCUCUGGCAACCCCCGACGGCCAGGACCAGGGCGAGCUGGCUCUGCACGUGGCCGUGCGAUAUGCAGACAAGUCCUCCCUGCCGCUGGUGGACUUCAUCAUCCAGAACGGGGGGAACCUGGACAAGGCGACUCUGGAUGGGAGCACGGCCCUGCACUACAGCGCCCAGUACAACCAGCCCAACUGCCUCAAGCUGCUGCUGAAAGGGAAGGCCGCUCUCAGCCCAGUGAACACGGCCGGAGAGACAGCCUUGGACGUGGCAAAGAGACACAAACACACCGAGUGCGAGGACCUGCUGGAGCAGGCGCAGGCCGGGAAGCUGAACCUGCAGCUGCACGUGGAGUACGACUGGGAGGCCCCGCAGGAGUACGCCUACGACAGCGAGGAGGAGCUGGAGGAGAAGGUGAGCCCGCUGCAGCGAUCGCUGAAGUCCACGUCGUCGCCCACCAUGGGCCAGCCCGGCCUCGCCUCCCAGAACCGGUGGAGCUGCACGGGCAUGGACAUCACCAACAAGACCUACGAGUCCAUCCUGGUCCCCUCGCGGCCCAGCCCCCGGCGCUCAAACAGCGAGGAGAUUCCCCCGCCGCUGCCGGUCAAAAACCCUGCCCGGGGGGGCACCCGCACCAAGCCCGAGCUCCCACGCCAGACCUCCGAGCCCCAAGUCAGCAGCCCACCGGAGGCCCCCGCCAUCCGAAACCUGUCCACGUCCAGUGCUCCGGGCACCUUGGACAGUGGAGCCGGCCGGCAGCUCUCCACCUCCCUGAGCCCCACGGAGACCUGGCGCGCGGCCUACUGGGAAACCCACGCGGAGCCGGAGAGCGGCGCCCAGCGGAGGGGGGCUGAGACCAGCCAGGCCACGGCGCCACCGCCGGAGGCCGGCACGUCCCCGGAACAAGGGCAGCUCAACCCUGUCAAGUUCAGAUCAGAGAGCACCCGCUCCUACCGGCGCAUCAGUGGCGGUGCAGGGGGCAAAGCCUCCAGCUCGGCCCCCGCCCCGCACAGCUCAGCCGGCCCCGAGGACCUGCCUCCGAGCAAGGCACCAAGUCCUGCCCCUGUGCCCAUGCCCAGGAGGUUUGCUCCGGCCAAGGUGAGGCAGAAGAGGGUGAAGGCUCUGGUGGACUGCAAGGGCGACCGAGCCCGGGAGCUGACCUUCUCCAAGGGGGAGGUGAUCGUGGUGACCCGGGAGGAGGAUGAGCAGAGCUGGGUCGGCUUCAUCGAAGGAGACGGCUCCAGAACGGGCAUCUUCCGGGCCAGCUCCGUGCACCUGCUGCAGGACUGAAGGGCGUCCACCUCCCUU